CCUCCCUUAGGAAGAGCACACCAGCCCUUCACUGUGUCCCUCACCAGGCUGGCACCCACCCUGGAAUCUGCCCCUCCUGCACAUCCCUUCUCCCCCACCUCUCCCAGUGGGACAAGAGUGCCCUGCCCUCAGCUCCUGGGGAUGUCCUUUGACUGGGACAACCACCAACAUCGAUUCCUGCUCUGAUACCAGCGUGCUUGUAGAAACCACAGAAGAGGAUGCCAUUGUCACGCAACGCCAAGGUGCUGAGUACCAAGCAGCCCAGAGUGAGCAAGGCCAACCCUACUGCAGAGAAUGUCAACCCUGAGAAGCUUCUCUUGCAGGAGGAGAGUUGCCAGACGAAGAGGUCUCUGUCGUCACCCCAGGGCGGGCCCAAGAAGAGGUCAGCAUUUGGGGACCUCACCAAUGCUCACAAGAACCACGUGGUUUCGGGCAAGAAGGAGGCUGUGAAAGUGGUACUCCAGAAGAACCACACUGCCCAGGGAGUGGCCAGGAACAAUGAGAUCAACCUGCAAAAGUCAAUGAAGAAAACGCCCCCAACAGAAGUUCCUGCAGAGUCCAAGGAGGAUCCUACGCCAGAGAAACCAGUGCCUGAACAGGUACCAGCAGUGGAGGACAUAGACAAGGAGCAGCUGGGUGACCCCUAUGCCAAUGCAGAAUACGCCAAGGAGAUCUUUGAAUACAUGCGGGAAAGAGAGGAGAAAUUCAUACUCCCCAACUACAUGGAGAAGCAGUCAGACAUCAGCAGGGACAUGCGUGCCAUCCUAGUGGAUUGGAUGGUGGAGGUGCAGGAGCGGUACCCACCAUGUGUGGAUGACUUCCUCUACAUCUGCGAUGACGCUUACAAGCGGGAAGAGCUCAUUGCUAUGGAGAUAAGCAUCCUCACCACCCUCAAGUUUGACAUCAACAUCCCCAUACCCUACCGUUUCCUGCGACGCUUUGCCAAGUGUGCCCGUGCUUCCAUGGAGACGCUGACCCUGGCACGCUUCCUCUGUGAGAUGACCCUGCAGGAGUAUGACUAUGCCCAGGAGAGCCCCUCCAAGCUGGCUGCCAGCUGCCUGCUGCUGGCCCUCACCAUGAAGAACCUUGGUGGCUGGACCCCUACGCUGGAGUACUACAGUGGGUACCGUGCCCAGGACCUGCAUCCUUUGGUGAAGAGGCUGAAUUUUCUGCUCACAUACCAGCCCCGUGACAAGCUCAAGGCUGUGCGCACCAAGUACUCACACAGGGUCUUCUUUGAGGUUGCCAAAGCCAUGCCGAUGGAUAUGCUCAAGCUGGAGGAGAUACUGAAGAGCUGCUAGCCCUGCCUCUGUAAAUAGCCUGUAAAUAGUGAGGUGCUCUCUGGCAGGGGAGUACUGUGUAUAUAAAAAAGAGUCAUCUUAACUGAAGGGGAUGGGAGAGGGGAUGGAAAAAAAAGUUAGGUUGAACUGUUAAUAA